ACAGCUUAUUUUGCGUAACGUUAGGCUACAGAGCGUUUUAGUCCGCUUCCUUUCUUUCGAAGCAUCUAUGAAAAUAACCAGAAUUCAAAAAAAGGCUCUUCCUUCACAAACGUUAAACAAGCAUUAGCUACAAAGCAUUUCCUAUCAUUAACUUUGGUAAAAGAGACCACAAUGAACCAUUUUACCUGAAAAUACACAAACGCGCUCCGAUGCGUUACGACAGGUAUGAACAUUUACAGGCACAAUCCUUUUAUUUUCUAUAAAGAUGAUCAUUUAAAUACAUUUCCAAUGACGUCCUAUGAAGCACAGUUUAGCAGCCUAAAUAAGUAAAUACUUUAUUCUAGUGCGCUACCGCGAGCAUAAGAUACGAGAUCCUACUUGUCUCCACACUGUCUGCGAGUCCAAAACUUCCGCCUGUGGGAGGCUCCGCGGUGACGUCAUGGCGCUCCCCGCCAAAGCGUUUGUGCGUCUCCGAUCAUACUGCUUGUCCUGUGAAACAACGCUAAUAAUAAAGCUUUAAUGUGUUAUUUUAACUCUACGAUUUGUAUGAACACACGACUGGAACAGUUAAAUAUGAGUAUCGAAAUUAUAAUACAGUGAAAUAUGACCUUUGAGUUAUUAUGCGUUGUUUAACACUGUAAACACAUACUUUACAAAUUUGCCUCAACUUCCAGUGAUUAAAACUAACGUUACUUUUUCAAACGAGAGCUGUCUGUAUUGCUAGCAGUAAUGCUACUCACCAUUGUUUUCAUGGAAACAUGCUCGGGAAGUUGUUAUGAGCAGCUGAAACAGAUUUGAGCAAUUGAACAGUGGCGCGUGCUUCCGUCCUAGAUCAGCUGACACGAGCACGCGGAAGAAGUAAAGCUUCAUUCGGUGCGUAGUUUAAAAGUUUAUUUUGAAAACAUAAAGAACACUUUUCAGUCUUAUGAGCUGAAAAACUUUUGUGGUGGUCCUCGUUUGAUGCGUCUUUCCUUCUGAACUGUCAUUUGAUUACAAUGGCACACAACGAGUCAAUGGUUGUAGUGAAUGGAAGUCAGGUGUCCUGCAUUGGGCAUGAUUGGGAAGACAUUCCAGAUUUUCUUGGGGCAAAAUAUGGAGAAGUGGCAAGAAGAUUAGAUCUCAGCUUCAACCAACUGAGGUCACUGACAGGCCUGAAAGCGUUCAGCCAACUGGAAGAGCUGAUUGUGGACAACAAUCUUCUCGGAAAUGACCUCCAGUUGCCCAGGUUACCACGGCUCCAUACCCUGACACUCAAUAAGAACCAAUUCACCGACAUCGAGGCCCUGUUGGAGCAUUUGGCGGAAGUGACGCCAGCACUGGAAUACCUGAGCCUUCUGGGAAAUGAGGCCUGUCCCAACCAACUGGUCAGCAUGGAUAAAGAUGAAGACGACUAUCAGAGAUACAGGUACUUUGUGCUACAUAAGCUGACAAAGCUGAAGUUCCUGGACACCAGGAGAGUGACCCAGUGGGAGUGGUCAGAGGCCGAAGCACGUGGAGCUUUCAUGAAGGUGGUCAAGCCGAAAAAUGACCAAGACACCGCCAGUGAUGUGAGAUCCGAAUCCACCACUACGCCAUACACCCCGCUGCCACGAGGAUCCAAAGACGUCCGGAACCACAAAGGGGUUUUCACCAAGUGCCGUUAUGUCUACUACGGCAAGCACUCAGAGGGCAAUCGAUUCAUCCGCAAUGACCAGCUCUGACUGACAGACGGGUCAGUGGAUACACACACGAGGGGGCUUUACAAAGAUAUCCUGCGCAUAUUAUUAUAAAUAUACAUGUUGCCACACGCAUUUUAAGCAGCCAAACACAGCCCUCUAGUGCCGUCUGCUGAGUGUGCCUUCCCUGCCAACUCCCAUCGCUCUCGCUCUGUCUGAGCAGUGCCAUCCAGAUUGACAUGAUUGCCUUUAAGCAGCCCCGCUAUGCCACGGUGACAGACACAGACGCGGCCGAGCGCUCGUCCUGACAGCCGCGGCUCCAUGAUGGAUUGCCUGGUCCAACUGCUGCUCUCCCCAGGUCAAAGGUCCCACCUGAGGCUUCGGGCUGCCCACACGGAAGCCCAGGAUGAGCUCCUCUCAAAGUCAAAGCUGAAGUUAAAGAGAAAGAUCAGGGGAAAGUGUCGCCUUUGUUGGAGUUUUACGCUAUAGCCAUCAUUAAAAGUAAAGCGUAUUACAUGGUUUUGUAACCAUGUCAUCUUCUGUACAUUACUGUAGGCGGAAUGUCAG